AUGAACGGAACUUUCUCACGCGCGCACGCGCUACAGACUUUGGCCGCGGGACUGGAGGAGUCGUCGCAGCUGGUGCUGAUGGACGUCGACCUGGUCCUGACGCACCACUUCCUCAAGCGCGCCGCCGCCAACGCGGGGCCAGGCCGCGCCUACUUCCCCGUGUACCUGGCGCAGUACCACCCGGACACCGUGUGCUACCGGGUGUCGCCGUGCACCCGACAUCUGUUCGACUUCUCGCGAGAUGCUGGCACGUGGCGCCACUUCUCGUACGGCGUGGCCGUUCUGAUGGCCGGCGACCUGCGGCGGGUGGGUGGUCUGGACACGAGCAUCAGAGGCUGGGGCAAGGAGGACGUUGACCUGUACACCAAAUGUGUGUCGCGUGGCCUUGACAUCUUUCGAGCGCUGGAUCCUGGGCUGCUGCACGUGCACCACCAAAGGUCAUGUGACCCUGCCCUCGCUGCUGACCAGCUGAGCAUGUGCAAGUCUUCUCUAGCUGCACUCUACGGAUCCGUGCACAGGUUGUCACAGAUGGUGAUGGACAUCGAAGCCAAGUUAAACAGGACCGUGGACAGCUAG